GUUCCUACUUAAACUGAUGGAUGCUUUGGGCUUUGGAGAUAUCUCAUCCCUAUGCCUGCUGCCCUGAGGAAGGAAAGUCCCCACUCAACUACUGGGAAGAAAGCCCAUAAUUCAAGGCGCUUAAUACAGUCACUACACAAGCUAUCCCUCUGAUUUAGGAGAUCUUGUUACCUCAUCUGCAUGUGCUUAAAGACAAAAAGAAACCUAUAAUUCAUCACCUGUGGUCCAAGUAAGUCUCACAUCCAGCCAUUCCCCUGAGAGGGCAGGAGGCCAGACUUUGAACUUUCCACAGCUGGGUCUUCAUUUUACUAGUGAGAUGAACUGGUGCAGAUUAGGGUGAUAGUCCAUCUAAGCAAGUGGAGGAUCCGCGGAACUGUAGACCUUGCUGAAGCAUCCUUCCACAGAAAGGAGAUAAGGGCCUUAACCAAUUGCCUGUACACAAUAGAUCAGUGCUGCUUUCCUAGACAAGGCCCAAAGGGGUCAACAUUAUUUCUGAAGACUUCAUUAUUGGAAUUCCAUGGGAGUGAUCUCACUGAGCUAUUUUGGAAUAGCGAUGUGGCUAGUUGCUUGACCUCCCUCAAUGGUUUCACGUGGCUUUUAAAGGGAAGGAAGGGCAGUGCUGACUUUUGGCAAAAUGGGCAACAGGGUCCAUGCCAGCAACACAAUCACUCAAAGUCCAGAUGAGGGAUCAGUAAAUACAACGUGCCUGAAAGGCAGCCCUUGAGCACACUCCUCUGGUAGAUAUUAACUUAUUAAAUUGAUUCUGAUUACAAAUACAAACUUUGCCCCCAUCUCACCUGGUAACAAAGUAAGAGUCGAUGUCAGUCUAUAAAAGGAAGUAAGAACUGUCCCUGGCUUUCAGGCUCCAACAUCCUCCCUCUGUCAAGAUGUGGCACCUCAAACUUUGUGCAGUCCUCAUGAUCUUCCUCUUCCUGUUGGGCCAGAUAGAUGGCUCCCCAAUACCAGAAGUGAGUUCAGCAAAGAGAAGGCCACGGAGAAUGACCCCGUUUUGGAGAGGGGUUUCCCUCAGGCCCAUUGGAGCCUCCUGCCGGGAUGAUUCUGAGUGUAUCACAAGGCUAUGCAGAAAAAGACGCUGUUCCUUAAGUGUGGCCCAGGAAUGAUGUACAUACCAGGGGAAGAAAGGACAGCAGUCACCUCUGGCAAUGCUCCGUUCUAUGGAAUAUUGGUUAACUGCAUUUUGGCUAGAGACACACGAGUGAAGCAAUCUUGUAUUUUUAAUAUUUAAAGGCAGAUGUAUGCUUAAAUUGGUCUCCACUUCUUCUUAGAAUGUUGAUAUAUGGAUAAGUAUAACUAAACUUGUCAAUUUAGAGUUUAUUUUUCUAUGGAUACUAUUAAAUGUC